CUCACACAUUUCUCUCAUGACACUCGGACAAUCCAGGCCUGGCUCUGACCAGGCAUUCCCUCGUCUCGACAGUCGUCAUGACACACGCGUAGAAAAGAGACAGAGCACAAUAAUGCACAAGGAGUUUGAAGCAAUCUUUGGCAAGGUCGCUUGGGAACAAAAGUCUCCGGAACUUGUAAAGAGAAAUGUCAUUCAGAAAAAGCAUGUUUUGAUUGAAUUUGGUGACAAGGAGUGGGAUCUCGAUGAACUUAAACAGGCAGCACUCGACAAGACAUCCCUGACCACUGUCACGCGCUCGGUCCGCCGCAUCCUCUCCUCGGCCCUCCUCGACGAAUUUCUCGUCAAUGGCGCUCUCUACGCAAGGUGGAACGUCUGGACACUCAUUUUAGAAAAAUCUCGCACAACGCACCGAUUAGGGGCUCUACAAAACCCGCGGGCCGUUGGAUUAGGUCCCAUUGCAAGACACCCCUUGUUCAAUGACGAAACCCUCACCCUCCCCCAAGCCCAGGCAACCCGCACAACAACCCUAAAAGCCUUUUCCCUCUCCUACUGCUUCCUCCUCCUCUUCAUCUCCACCCACUCCUCCUCACCCGCCAAAGAACGCCUCCACUUUGAACUCGUCUACACCCUCGCCAAAGAAAUCAUUCCAACCCUCCUCAGCAUCCCGAGUCAUACACCCAUGAUUGAACAGGAUUUGGAUCGCUUGUUCCGCGGUGGGCUGUUUUGUGGGGAGAGUGUCGGAGUCGUUGAAGACGCUGAGGAUCAUUAUGUGGCCAGAUUGUUGAGUGGGGGGUUGGAAAAAGUUUUGAAAUCUCGUCCGCCUAGUUCGAGACGUUCAGUGGUGCGUCCGACGAGUAGUAGUCCUCGAUCCCACUAUUCCCUUCCAAAACAUGCUUGGACAGCAGCCAGUACAAAGAGUACAAACAGUGAUACACCAAAAGACGACACGAUAGAUCCGUCUCCACCCCCACAACGUCGUACGCCAUCUAAACGGAAAAUUUCGUUAAAUGCUGUUAGGAUGGCGAGAUCGCCUUUGGCGGAUAGUGUGCUACCACCCCCGCAGCGCUUCUUGUUUGUUCAGACUCGGGGACGGGGUGAGAGUCUUGUCGGGGUUUAACGAUUCAGUAAGAUUGCAGGAAACCAGUUUUGCUUUAGGGUCCAUAGCGUAGGUGUACUAGAGUACAAUUUACAGUAGAUCCCCUCCCUUUACAAACACACACACACACACAUUGCAUGAGUAUUGUGUAACACACUUGUAGCAUUGUAGUAGUGUUGCAGUACACUGGGUUUCCGUAUCAAAAAAGAACAUGUCAAACACUCA